AUGCAGUUGAAGAACAUUGCCAUUGUCGCCAUUAUCACAUUGACGGCCGCUGCUCCCGUUGCUAAUGCUGAUGCUCUCCAUUUCUCCGAUGAUCGACGCCCUGGUAGUGUCCCUGGUCACGGGCUUGUGGACGUUGCCACCGGUAAGCAGAACCCGUUAGCGUACGCUUUCAACCUUGCGUACAAAGCCGUUAAGGAGACGGUGGAAGGGGUGGUGAAGAUCGCCACCGUCGACCCCGAUGUGGAAUUGCCUGAGCUUAGAAUCGAUAAUUGA